AUGGAUAGUUGGAAUCUCGCACUGUUUUCUUUUCUUCUUCUUAUUCUCUUGAGUUUCUGCACUUCAACUGUCACAGCCACGUCUUCACAUGUGACAUUAAAUCAAGCGAAUCCAAUCCAAGAUAUUGCUUGUUUGUUUAGAAAGUGUGGGCAAGGAACAUGUAAGGCCUCCAACAAUUCACUGCUUGGGUUUGACUGCGAAUGCCUUCCUGGUUGGAGAAAGAUACAGAUCGGUCCUUUCACCUUCCCCUCUUGUCUUAUUCCAAACUGCACAGUUGAUUUUGAAUGUGGCAAUGGAUCUCCAUCACGGCCUCCACCCCCAGCAUCUCUUCCGCGACCGGCCAAUCUGACUACCCAUUGUGAUCUUGUUUGGUGUGGUGAUGGGAAAUGUGUGACUAAUGGAACUGGACAUAUCUGCCAGUGCAAUCAAGGCUCACAGAAUUUGCUUAAUUCCUUUGGCCUAGCUUGUUUUAAACCAUGCUACUUUGGAGCUGACUGCCAAGGUCUUGGGUUAGAUCUGCCGCUGGGGCUUACGCAACCACCACCACCACCGCCGCCAUCUUCUAGUUUGAGCUCAGAUGGCUAUGCAAGUCAAUGUGCUUGGCAACUCUUUGUUGCAUCGAUGGUAGCCCUAGCAGCAGCAUUCCUAUCUGGGUUUUAGAAGAGAAAAAUGGGUACGCAGACAUUCGACAGUAUAUAUAUAUCUUGAUAACAUUUUUCCAUGAAUUACUACUACUAUUUUCUAUUGUAUGACAAGGGAUCAUAAUGCAAGUUUUGGGGCUUUUACGGCCCAACAAAGCCCCUCUCGGCUUUGGGUGCUAACUUUCUUUCUAGUAUAAUCCCCACUGGCCCAAGCCCAGCCGAGCUUUUAUGAGCACCAUUUUAUUUGUCUACCCAAAGUGGCCGAUUAGAACAAUGGAACUCACUUUUGAACUGUCGACCCAGUUUAAUU